AUACUCCUUCUAUCAGAAAUCAUCACACUGAAUAAAAACAAGCUAACCCGAAAAAAAAGUGGGUCAUUUUCACGAUUAAAAAUAUGUGUUUAGUUAAGAUAAGAAUGUGAAAAUAAAAAACAGAACACAUCAUUUUAUCUAAACAUCAUGCAUAGACUGCAAGUUAUAAUUGUUGGACUUGCGUUUCUCUUUUGUGAAAAUGUUAACUUAUCCUCGGCAACUAUCUGUUAUGCUGUAAAACCAAUUUACAAUUCCGAGUAUAAUAGAAUUUAACCUAUCAAUUCUAUUUGCUACUGUUAUUCUUCUUUUAUAGAGGUCCACUCUAUGGAAGUAUUUUUUCCUACAAUCCAGCAUCGUCAGAAUUUCUAUUUUUUGCAAAUUUCUCAUUUGAAAUUGAUGAUAAUAGGACAUCUAUGUAUUAUUUUGUACCUGGUCCUGUAGCUAUCGUGAAUAGUAGUUCUUCAUUGUUGAUGUACAUGCCUGUACAAUGUGGAAUUGGACCUCAACGUUUAUUUUUAUUCGUUUUUGAUAUGGACAAGAAAAUGUAUAAGCAAAGUCGAUGGAUUUUACAUAAUGGAGAUUUUGCCUAUCUUUUUUAUGAUCCUCAACGUCAACGCUUAUUUGGAUUGCACGAUGAUUUAACAUCUACACUAUUUAUUGAAGAAUAUAAUAUGACAACAUUAGAUUUUAUUCGACACUAUACUCAACAAAAUAGUUCACAAUAUUCCGUUCCAAAAGCUGGUUGUGCAGUGUUUGAUUACGAAGAAAAUUGGAUUGUAGAAGUUCGAACACGAGUUGAAACUCCUUUGAUAAAAGCAUAUUUUAUUAAAAUGGAUUUAAAUCUUGUUGGGAAGAAAGAAGAUAUUGUUACUGAUUUUCAUCAAAUACCAAAUAUUGAUUUUCUUCUUACGAUGACUUAUGACAUAAAGGCAAAAACUAUAUUGGGAACACGAUUGCGUGGCUUGAUUGCUAAUGAUCUUGUCAUGCUCUACAUGAAUCCUUACACAAGUGAGAUUACUAAUGAAAACCUUCUUUUGAAAACGCCUAAUCAAUGGGUAGUGAAAGAUAUUCAAGCCAUUUAUGAUGAAUCAACUCGUCAAAUAUUAUUCAUGAUUCAUCAUCUACACUCGGCUACAUUGGAAGAUAUAUAUUGGAUAAUGUUCGUUGACUUUGAUACAAUGGAAAUAAAAGAGAAGAAACAAGACAGAUCGAUACAACUAUUUGAAACAUGGGAACUAUUCACUCUAUAA